AUGCUGGCGUUCGCUGGAACCGCAAUUAAAUUGGGCAAGUGUUUCGCUUUUUCGUACACUGUACCGUCAUUUACAACACUCAAGCGCCGGCGCGCGUUCCGCAUCCGAAGUUCGGCAAGCCACGGGGCGGCCACUCAAUCAUUCGCCGGCCCAGGUCUGGGUUUGACGCGCAACCGAGCCGGCCGGCCGAACCGACGUUUCGUUUCGUCGUUGCCGCAAAUUCGGCCGAAAACAAACAGCAUAAUCGGGGGACAGUUCCGAGGUCGGCCGCUGAAGCUGGUGCAAUUUUUCAGCACUAUUCGUAAAGCAUUACAUGAGACCUUGACCACGGAUCAAGGCCGAGAGGAAGGCCAAAGUGACGUUGCCGACGACGACGACGACGUCAUUCAGCGACCAAUGCAGCAUCAAUGA